AUGGCAUUUCGAGAUAGUACCAAUCAGACACCGAUACGGGACUUAUGUUACCAGAUGUCCGAGGUUUCUGUAUCGUAUACGACGGCGAAUAAGACACCGAAUAGUGCGUUGCGAGUUAUUUCUGUUCGUUUAAUUUUAUUGAAUGUUGAAGACGAGGGCGUUCUUAGGAUUGGUAAGGCAACGGGGUUACGUGAGGUCACGUCACCGUACAUACGUGAUCUCACGUGA